AUGGCUAUCCUUUCUUUGAAAAGGACGCUGGUUUCCGCGAUUCUCCUCCUCUCAGCCUCACAACCAGCUUCAGCACAAGACACAUUCUCAUUCCUACCAAGUGCCGCCAGCUCAACCUUUCCAGCAUGCGGUCUGACAUGUCAGCUCCUUACCGAAGCUCAAGCAGGCUGUGUCCCGCCUCAAGCAGCAGUCACCAGCACCGAUACCUAUGUUUCCUGUUUUUGUCAAUCGGCUUUGAUUUCCGGCCUGCCGUAUACCGCUUCGAUGUGUCCCACCUGCACGAGUACAUCGGAUCAGCAGUUGUUGUCAACUUGGUAUAAAAAUUAUUGCGCCGGUGGAUUCCGAUCGACCUUGACGACAUCUGCUACCGCGACGACUUCGACUGCGACUAGCACUACAGGAACCAACACGGCCACUACAACAAGUACCACUUCACCCUCUCAGAAAGAUUCGUCGCCGUCGGAUAAUGCAUCGUCCAGUGGUUCGAAGAGCUGGUUCUCCACCCACUGGAGAUGGGUAGUCAUGCUGAUCAUCCUAGUGAUCGGCUUUUCCGCACUUGCCGCCGCUGCCGUAUGGCUGAAGAAACGUCUUGAUGCCAAACAACCAAACCUUUACCACGGCGACGACCGAAACAAUGGCGGAGGUUCCGGAAGCGGUCCUGGCCCAGCCGCAGCCUUCUUUGCUGGAAGUCUGCGUAAUCUAUCCAGAAGCAACGUCAACAGCACCCGUGCUUCGACGAACAACAGCAGCAACAACGUCGCUGUGGCUUCAAAAGUGCCAAAGAUGCAACAACAACCCAGCAUGUCGACGACCAGUUUCUCGAAUCGUCGCUCAAGCACAUUGACCAAUUCUGUCGUGAGCAAUAGCAACAACAACAUGACCACCAAUGGCCAUGAAAUGUGGGGACCCAAUCAAGCGCGCAAUUUUGAGAAUGUCGCCCCCGUCGAAGAGCCCGUUUUCAGGAAUUCAAUGGCCACGGCCGCCGCGGCAGCAGCAUUCGGAGGCGGUGCAGCAGGAACAGCAGCCGCACCAGGCCCAGAAGCGAUAGGAAUAGCUUCAACAACUGCCAACAACUCCCGUACCGAUCUAUCGAGCGUCGGCACAGGAGGAGGAAGAGCAACACCAAGAAAUCUGAACAGAUUAAGUGUGCAAUCCGCAUCAGCAUCAAAUUUGCAUCAGCAACAGCAAUUGCAGCAACAAUCGACGCCGCUGUUGCGCGAAGCACAAUCACAUCGAGAAUUGCAGAGACCACAAUCUGCGAGUCCCGUUAGUCCAAUUCACGAUUAG